UCCACAAACUCAAUAUUUUAUACUUUUGAUACUCCUUGACGCUGGAUUUCAGUCCUCUUUUCGCAGCCGUUUCCAGAUCUAGGACACCGAUCUACCGGGCGCAGCCAUCCACGGUAUGAUAAAAAAGUAUCCGUCGGACGGCAAAAACAAACAGCGAGCCGGGCAGGCUGAUAACGGGAGUACAGUGAGGACCGCGGCGGGGGACGAGUACAGUGGACGGUAGAGGGGAUCUUUUUGGCCAAAGAGGGGGACGUUCACACACUCCACACAAAGUGCUGACCCGCCCGACAGAUGCAUGUCAGAAGACAAUCAGAAGAGCCCAACCAAUCUAACAUGUCCAAUGGAUAUACCUGGAGGCGCAGCAGCUUCUCCUCCAUCCUCCCCAACUAGCUCCGCUGUUUCCUUGAAGGACACCGCUCUCUGAGACAUGGAUCCGUGCAGACAUCUCCCACCCAACUCCCUGCAACACUAUGGUUAACGUGCAUGCCGAGAGUCCUCUCUGUAACAUUAUCCACCCCCACCCCCACCGCCCAUCUUCCUCAGGAAAUCAGAACAACAAACUGUCCCUCUUUCCUUUCUCGUCGGGGCUGUCAAUAACUGACGAGAAACAGUGAGAGAAAGCUGCCGAUUCAGUGUUUCAUUUGGGGAAUUUAUAAGCCUGGAGGCGGAUGGUGUCAAUUUACCCUGACCUCUCCAUUUAAAAGACAUCAGUAUGGUGGUAGGGAUGUUCACUCGUUCCCUAUGAUUAUCGCUCCAUGCUCUUAACCUGUCCUCUGAGCUCCGUGGCCCCCUCACCCUGUGCCAGACCCCUCUCCAAAUACCCCCCAGCCUGCCAUGCUCCUCCAGGCCGUGUUGCUGCUGCUGCUGCGCUGCUUGGCCUCCACCCUGGGCCAGUACGAACUGUGCAAAUCCCUGGUGAGCACGGACGAGGGCUCGGUGUGGGAGCAUUACGCAUGCCAGCCAAAACCCAAGUCCAUGAAAGAGUACAUGCGGAUCAAGGUGGAUCCGCCCGGAAUCACGUGUGGAACACCGCCCGAGAGGUUCUGCACUCUGGAGAACCCAUACAUGUGCAGUGAUGAGUGUGAUGCCUCCAGUCCAGACCUUGCCCACCCUCCUCAGCUGAUGCAGGACAAUGAGCGCACUGGCCCAGUCACCUACUGGCAGACUGUAACAUGGCGAAACCACCCAGUGCCCCUGCUGGCCAACGUCACCUUGUCCUGGAACAAGAGUCUGGAGCUCACAGACGACAUACAGAUCACCUUUGAAUAUGGCCGGCCUACGAUCAUGGUUCUGGAUAAGUCCAUGGACCACGGACGCUCCUGGCAGCCCUACCAGUUCUAUGCUGAUGACUGUGUGGAGGCAUUCAACAUGCCACCCAAACGAGUGCACGACCUCUCGCCCGCUAACAUCACACGUGUUUUCUGCACUGAGCAGUACUCACUCUGGGUCGGCUCCAAGAAUGACAAGAACGUGAAGUUUGAGGUGCGGGCACGCUUUGCUGUGUUUGCUGGACCUCGGCUACAGAACAUGGACAACCUGUACACCCGAAUGGAAAGUAUGAAGGGACUGAAGGACUUCUUCACCUUCACCAAUCUUAGGUUGAGGCUGCUCAGGCCUUCCCUCGGAGGCACCUAUGUUCAGAGAGACAACCUACUCAAGUACUUCUACGCCAUCUCUAACAUCGAGGUACCUGCCAGGUGUAAGUGUAACCUCCAUGCCUCCCAGUGCCUGCCAGAUGAGGAUGGUGGGACCCUCCAGUGCCAGUGUGAACACAAUACCACAGGCCAGGACUGCCAGCGCUGCAAGAAGGGCUACAAAGCCAAGUCCUGGAAAGCAGGUUCCUACCUGCCGGCACCCAACGGAACCCCCAACACCUGUUCGAUUGCAGGCUCCCCCUCUGGUUCUACCACAACAUCGACUUCAUCUAGGAAGUUCACUGCUCCCGAAGCUGUUGACAAGACAGAGGGUAAAGCUCGAGUCGAAGCUGAGGGUGAAACUGGAGAUGAAAGCAAAGGUGAAACUGAAGGUGAGGGUAGGCCCGAGGGUGAAGCGGAAACAACCACAACCAUCUCUGAGGCUGAAUGGUCCCCCGCUUUUACCCACAAGCCAUUUGGAGGCCCUCAGGAAGAGUCAAUUACCUUCCACGGCUCUCUUUCUGGGGUUGGAGAAUCACAUUUCAGCUCUCUAAACCCUCAUCAUUUUGAUAUAAGUGAAGGAACCCACAAGUCAGAGGAACAGCUGCAUGAGACACAUGGCCACAAAGCCACAACUUUGUUUGGACAUGGGGAGAAAAUGGAAGUGCAUUCAGGAGGAGGAACUGAAAAGAAAGUCUCCCACAAGCCUGAAAAACAGUCACAUGAGACUCACGGCCACAAAACUACUUCCUCAUCUGAACACGGAGCGGGAAGGCAGGAGGAAGAUGAGGAAGAAGAAAGAAAAUCCAAAGAGACAGACCCCCACGAGUCUCAGGGACACAUACAUGAGAGCCAUGGCCACAAAACAGCUUCACCUGUGCGUGGAGGGAGAGGGGAGGAGGAGGAGCAUAAAGAAAGACAUAUUGGACGGACAGAUCCCCACCUGUCGGAGGGACACGUACAUGGGGCUCAUGACAAUAAAAAAGCAACCUCAUCUGAGCAGAGGGAGAAUGAGGUAGAGGAGGAGCAUGAAGAGCGAAAAGCUGAAAGGAAAGUUUCCCACAUGUUUGAGGAACACGACACUCAUGGCCACAAAACAACAACCUCAUCUGAGCUCGGUGAAAAAAGACACGAGGAGCUGCAUCAGGAACGAAAAGAAGAAAGGAAAGUUUCCCACAUAUUUGAGGGGCAUGCUCAUGUGACUCAUGGCCACAAAACAGCCUCAUCUGAGCACGGGGAGAGGCGUGAUGAACUAACGGUUGAAAGGAAAGACCCACACACACUGGAGGGGCACGUACAUGAGGCUCAUGGUCACACAACAACUUCAUCUGAGCAUGGGGAGGAGGAGCAUAUGGAAAGAAAACCUGAAAGAGAAGGCCAGCACAAGUCUGAGGAACACAUACAUGAGCCCCAUGGCCACAAAACACCAGCUAAGCACAGAACAGCUGAAAUUAAAGUUUCCCACAAGUCUGAGGGACAUGUAGAAGAAGCUCAUAGCUACAAAACAUCUGAACAUGGGCCCCAUAAAUCUGAGGGACAUGUACAUGGAGGACAUGUAGAAGAAGCUCAUAGCUACAAAACAUCUGAACAUGGGCCCCAUAAAUCUGAGGGACAUGUACAUGGAGGACAUGUAGAAGAAGCUCAUGGCCACAAAACAUCUGAACAUGGGUCCCAUAAAUCUGAGGGACAUGUACACGGAGGACAUGUAGAUAACAGCCACAAAACAUCUGAACAUGGGACCCACAAAUCUGAGGGGCAUUUACAUGGAGGACAUGUAGAAGAAGCUCAUGGACACCAAACAUCUGAACAUGUGCCCCACAAGUCUGAGGGGCAUGCACAUGGAGGACAUGUAGAAGAAGCUCAUGGCCAUCAAACAUCUGAACAUGGGUCCCAUAAAUCUGAGGGACAUGUACAUGGAGGACAUGUAGAAGAAGCCCAUGGCCAUCAAACAUCUGAACAUGGUUCCCAUAAAUCUGAGGGACAUGUACAUGGAGGACAUGUAGAAGAAGCUCAUGGCCACAAAACAUCUGAACAUGGGCCCCAUAAAUCUGAGGGACAUGUACAUGGAGGACAUGUAGAAGAAGCUCAUGGCCACAAAACAUCUGAACAUGGGCCUCAUAAAUCUGAGGGACAUGUACAUGGAGCACAUGUAGAUAACAGCCACAAAACAUCUGAACAUGGGAUCCACAAAUCUGAGGGGCAUUUACAAGGAGGACAUGUAGAAGAAGCUCAUAGCCACAAAACAUCUGAACAUGGGCCCCAUAAAUCUGAGGGACAUGUACAUGGAGGGCAUGUAGAACAAGCUCAUGGCCACAAAACAUCUGAACAUGGGCCCCAUAAAUCUGAGGGACCUGUACAUGGAGGACAUGUAGAUAACAGCCACAAAACAUCUGAACAUGGGACCCACAAAUCUGAGGGGCAUUUACAUGGAGGACAUGUAGAAGAAGCACAUGGACACCAAACAUCUGAACAUGGGCCCCAUAAAUCUGAGGGACAUGUACAUGGAGGACAUGUAGAAGAAGCUCAUGGCCAUCAAACAUCUGAACAUGGUUCCCAUAAAUCUGAGGGACAUGUACAUGGAGGACAUGUAGAAGAAUCUCAUGGCCACCAAACAUCUGAACAUGGGCCCCACAGAUCUCAGGGACAUGUACAUGGAGGACAUGUAGAAGAAACUCAUGGCCACAAAACAUCUGAACAUGGGCCCCAUAAAUCUGAGGGACAUGUACGUGAAGGACAUGUAGAUAACAGCCACAAAACAUCUGAACAUGGGAUCCACAAAUCUCAGGGGCAUUUACACGGAGGACAUGUAGAAGAAUCUCAUGGCCACAAAACAUCUGAACAUGUGCUCCACAAGUCUGAGGGACAUGUACAUGGAGGACAUGUAGAAGAAGCUCAUGUCCACAAAACAUCUGAACAUGUGCCCCACUGGUCUCAGGGACAUGUACAUGGAGGACAUGUAGAAGAAGCUCAUGGCCACAAAACAUCUGAACAUGGGCCCCAUAGAUCUGAGGGGCAUGUACAUGGAGGACACGUAGAAGCUCAUGGCUACAAAACAUCUGAACAUUGGCCCCACAAGUCUGAGGGACAUGCACAUGGGGGGCAUGAGAUUCAUGGCCACAGAAUAGCAACCUCAUCUGAACAUAGGCAUGGAAAGGAGGAAGAUGGACAUACAGAACAUAAAGUCUCACACAACUCUGAGGGACACAUACAUGGCCACAAAACCUCAUCUGAACACGGGAAGGAGGAACAUACACACAGACAAGAGCACCACGAGCCUCAUGGACAUGUACAUGAGACUCAUGGCCACAAAAUAACACCAUCUGAGCACGGGCACGGAAGGGAGGAAGAGAGACAUACAGAAAGAAGAGUCUCACACAAGUCUGAGGGACACAUACACGGCCACAGAACCUCAUCUGAACAUGGGGAGGAGGAGCAUACGCACAGACGAGACCACCACAGAGCUGCCGGAAAUGUUCAUGAGACUCAUGGCCACAAAACAUCAACAGCCUCGUCUGGGCACGAGGAAGAAAGGCAUAGAGAAAGAAAAGUCUCCCACAAUUUCGAAGGACUCAUACAUGAGACUCAUGGUCACAAAACAAAAAUCUCAUCUCACCACGGGCAAGAGGAGGAGCAUAACGAAAGGAAAGCCGAAAGAACAGCGCACCGUGGCAUUGAAAAUGCAGAGUGGAAAGGAGGUGGUCGAGAGGAUGAGGACAGAGAAGAGAAGAAAAAAGGGAAAAGGAAAGGGCUUCUGGAACUCUUGAUCUCAGGAGAGCCCCAGGCCAAGCAAUUGUUUGGGAUCAUAUAUGAUGAUUUCAAAGAUUGCGAGUGCUACGGCCACUCCAAUCGCUGCAGCUACAUCGACUACCUGAACAUCGUCACAUGCGUCAGCUGCAAGCACAACACCAGGGGCCAGAACUGCCAACACUGCAGACUGGGGUACUACCGCAACGCCUCUGCCGAACUGGAUGAUGAGAGCGUCUGCAUCGAGUGUAACUGUAACCAGAUGGGUUCUGUUCAUGACCGGUGCAACGGCACAGGCUUUUGCCAGUGUAGAGACGGGGCCACGGGGGCCAAAUGUGACGACUGUGUGGCAGGAUUCUACUGGAAACAAGGCUGUUACCCUAACAUUUGUGACGAGGAGAUGCUCCUGUGCCAGAACGGAGGGACGUGCUAUCAGAACCAGAAGUGCAUCUGUCCUCCAGAGUUUAAGGGGGUACUGUGCCAACAUUCUCGCUGUGAGGCGGGCAAGGACUGUAACAGCGCUUCUUUGCCACACCCUUCCACGACCACCCUGCUGCUCUGCACUCUGCUGACCUACCUGCUGGCCACAUUAACACCCCACUGAGCCACGAAAAUCCCCCACCCCUCAGACCUAGAACGUGUGUAUAUGAGUGUGUUUGAGAGGUGACGGGUGACCCAGAAUAGGAAGGGCCGUCCCACUCAUGGACCCGACACUGCAGCACUCUUUUAAGCGUACACGCUCACAAACCACUACCUAACCCCAUUCCCCUUUCAAACACAUGCACACACACUUCACAGGACUGUAAUGAUACUGGGUGUGUGCUCAGGUGUGCGAAGGACAAACAGAGAAUAAAUAUGAGCGACCUCAGAAAAGAGAUGCAGUCAAAAAAGGGGAAAAAAAAAAAAAAAUCAUACCAACCACUGUUCCCUUUAUUCCUAAGCUGGAACAAUGUGCAUCAAACCAAAAAGCAAACACUUAAAUCACCACUGUUUCACAUCAAAGGGAAUGGCUGUUGUAAACACAAGGACCUUUUAUUUCUUUUUUCAUUUUUUUUCUCUCUUUCUUGGUCAACUUAAGGAUCUUACCUGUGACUGACGUUCAAGGUGCGUGGAGGACGAAACAAGUCGACAAAGGUCGAACAGAGAGGUGUUUGUUUGAUCCUUUUGCUGAGGCCUACAUAGUAUAUUAACCAGGUUUCAUUUUUUUCUCAAAAGAUGAGACUUGAUUUUACAUUUAUUCUAUUUCUGCUGCAUUUUUUUUUUUAAAUAUCUUCAGUCAUUGUAUCUAAUGUGCCCACUAGCAGUUGCUGAGAUUAUACAUAUUAUAUAAUAUCCAGGGGGUUAUGAAUUAUAAUACAUUAGUCACUAUUAUGGUUGUUAUAGGAAUGAGUGAUUGUUGCCACACUUAGCGAGAUUUAAUCUUCACACAGUAUUCAGGAAAAAGAAUUUAACUAAUCAGAAGUCUAAAAGAGAGAGAAAAGAUAUGAACCACGUAUCAAUAUUAUAUGACAUUAUUUGAAUAUUUUUUGUAGAAAUUAUUUUUGUUUGGAGUUACAAUAAAUUAUAAAAAAGAAAUACA